AUGGACGUGGAAUCGGAGAAAUCGGAGAAAUCGGAGAAAUCGGAGAAACCGGUGAAACCGGUGUGCAGGGAAGCGGACGCGUGGCGCGACUCGGAACUGGACGGGUUUUGGUUCUUCGGCCUGAACAUCCCGCAGGUGGUGGAGGCGCUGGAGGCCCAGGAAGCGAGCCUGUACCACGCGUUCCCGCCCGCGGGCUACCCGUCGUACCGGUACCACCAGGUGCAGCCGCGCGUGGAGCAGGUGAUCCGCGUGCGGGAAGAGCGCGUAGAACCGCGGGGAGGGAGUGAGACACAGUUCGAGGAGAGCCAGAUCCAGCGAGUUCCGACGCAAGGCCAUGUGCAGCCGCUGCGUGCCGGUGCAGACGACGGUGACGCCGCUGGCGUGGACGCUCUCGACGCUGCGGCAGACGCUGAGCGACGCGCGGUCCCGCCCCGCGUGGGAAGCCGGCGACACGCUGGGCACGACGGAGCUGCUGCGGCAAUACCGGGCGCUGCAGGUAGGAGCGGGGAGGGCCAGCCGAAAGUGAUCAAAAGCCCGAUCCACGGGUGGGGACUCUUCGCGAAAACGGCGUUCCGGCGCGGAAUGAUGGUGAUCGAAUUCGCAGGCGAAGUCGUGGGACAGGACGUGGCGAACGCGCGGGAGGCGGUGUGGGCGCAGGGCGCGGCGGUGAGGCGUAGAUACAACCGAAGGAACGUGGGCGGGUGCUAUUUCUUCCGAAUGGACGCGGAACACAUCGUGGACGCGACGGUGAAGGGAAACGAAAGCAGGUUCAUCAAUCACUGCUGCGAUCCCAACUGCGACGCGCGCGUCGUCAACAUCAACAACGAAAACAAAAUCAUCUUCUUCGCAAACCGAGACAUCAACCCCGGAGAAGAAAUCACUUACGACUACAAAUUCCAAUACGAGGACAGGGAACUGGUCUGUCUGUGCGGAGCCAAAAACUGUGUCGGAAGAAUGAACUAA